AUGGCUACAGGAGCUUAUUAUCCCCCACUACGGAUAAGAGAUAUCCCAGGACCCCAACCAGGACAAUUUGGUUUACUUGAGCGUCCCUAUCGUCCACACAAAAAUAUUGUGAUGCAAAAUCGAGAAAUUGAAAAUACUCGAUUAGCCUUUGACAGACAAAAUCGUGCAGCAAAACUUGAACUGAAUAAAAUUGAAUUCGAUGAGUUAUCAUCUGGAAAAGCGUUUUAUGCCGAAGUUCGACGUGAGGUACAACGUCGACUGAACCAUUCUAAUCAUCAAUUAGAAGAACGUCGAGAACGAUUACGUGGAUUAUUGUCAUCUGAGGAAGCUCAAUAUUUACAAGAGGGAGCAGAAUCUAAAGAAACACUUGCUCAACGAAUAUCAAAAAUGAGACAAAAAGCAAAACAAAUUCGUGAACAAAAAGAAAAUGAUCAUCAACGAAUUGUUCAAGAGAAACUCGAUCAAAGAUUUCGUCGGGAUUGUGCCGAAUUACGUGAACUUCAAUCAAAAGAUUUGAACUAUGAAUUAGGAAAUGAGCAUUUGUGGCAAAUGAAAGAAAAAAUUGAUAAGCAGCAAGAACGAAAAAAAGAAGAUGAGUUUUUUACUCAAUUAUGGUAUAAUGACAUUGCAGCUAAAAAGAGUCGCGAAGAGCGUGACGCAGAACAAGCACGAUUAAGAAGCCAAAAUAUGUCGCAUAUCAUCCAACAACAAAUGCAAGCCGCCGAUUCAGAGAAAAAUGAACUGAAAUCAAAGAGAAAAGAACAUUCAGAAGCUGCUAAAGAAGAAAAAGUUAAUGAAUAUCAGGAGAAACUAAGAAAACAAGAUGAAUUAAGAAAAUCAUUGGAUACGGUUCUGAGAACUAAACAAAACAUUCAACAACGUAAAACACAAGAAGAAUUAGCUUUAGAACAAAAACUACUUGAAGAAACACAGAACGUUACAAAAAGUGAUGAAGAUCAAAAACUAAAACGAAUGGUUGAAUUGCGUGAAGAAGGAAAACGCUAUCGUGAAUAUUUAGAUCAACGACAACAAGACGAAAAAAGAAAAGAAUUUGAAUUAGAAAAAGUGUUACAUCAAGAGUUAGAAAAACAACAUGCUAAACGUGUAGAAACCAUUAGAGCUGAACGUAGUAAACGAGAAACAUUAUUACAACAAGUUAUUGUAGGACGACAACAACAAUUAGAAGAAAGAAUGAGACGAAAAGAAGAUGCAAAACAAGAAUUUAACUGGGAAAAAGAGAAUAUGAAAAAUGUAGUUGAACAAGCUAAACAAGAAGAAGCAGAGAGAUUAACAAAAAAUAAAAUGAAACAAAUGACCUAUCGUCAAAAUCUUCUUGGACAAUUAGAUUAUGAAAAACGCCGACAAGAAGAGGAGUUAUAUGAAAAUCAAUGUGAAUACAUGGAAGGAAUGAAGACGGAAGAAGAUUAUCAGAGAAAAUUGACACAUGAACUCGAAAAUGCAGGUAUUUCACAUCAACAUCCAGUGAGAAAGUGGUAUAGUGCAAAAAUGGGUAAUACAUAUAAAUCAGAAAAGCCACCAAUGGAUGAUUAUUUUCGUACAAAAGACGAUUUAUUUUGUCCUUCUCAACCGGUUAAAUUAAAUUUACCCACUAAAUUAUUACCAGUUCCGAUUGUAUAUCAUUGA